CAGCAGACCUGCCGGGUGCUUGCUGCGAGAUGGGAGCCGGAGCUCUCACCGUCUGUCAAAGUAAAGCAGCAGUUCGGCUGAAAGAAGACAUGAAAAAGAUUGCGGCAGUGCCACUAAACGAGCAGAGGAGCGCCACCUACACAAAGUUGUUUGGAGUCAGUCUGCAAGACCUCCAGCAGCACGGGCUGACUGAGAACGGCGUCCCAGCUGUCGUGGAGAGCAUAGUGGAGUACUUGACCAUGCAUGGACUCACCCAGGAAGGCCUUUUUCGGGUGAAUGGCAACGUCAGGGUGGUGGAACAGCUUCGAUGGAAGUUUGAGAGUGGGGUGCCCGUGGAGCUGGGGAGGGACGGCGACGUCUGCGCGGCGGCCAGCCUGUUAAAGCUCUUCCUGAGGGAGCUGCCGGAGGGCGUGAUCACCUCGGCGCUGCAGCCUCGGUUCAUUCAGCUCUUUCAGGAUGACAGAAGUGACGCCCAGGAGAGGAGCUUAAGAGCCUUAAUUAAAGAGCUGCCAGACACCCACUACUGUCUCCUCAAGUACCUUUGCCAAUUCUUGACAAAAGUAGCCAAGCACCAUGUGCAGAACCGCAUGAAUGUUCACAAUCUCGCCACUGUAUUUGGGCCAAACUGCUUUCAUGUGCCUCCUGGGAUUGAAGGCAUGAAAGAGCAAGACCUAUGCAACAAGAUAAUGGCUAAAAUAUUAGAAAAUUAUAAUACCCUGUUUGAAGUGGAGUAUGUAGAAAAUGAUAACCAGAGGUGUGAAAACCUAGCGAGGCUUAUCAUAGUAAAAGAGGCCAAUUGUAAGAACAUCCUUCUAACAAAAGACUUCGAAAGAGACACACAAAAGCCAUCUCCAAAAACCAAGAUCCCAAAAUCUAGGAGUGAGGGAUCUCUUCAGGCCCACAGGGUACCGCAGCCAGAGCUGUCUGAUGGCGUUCCUCAGGUCAGCCUGCAGCUGAGUCAGAGAAAUUCCUGCUGGGACGACAUGAAUUCAGCAGAGGCUGCUAAUGCCGCCAAAUUGCUCUCCAGUUCGCAGGAAGAUGAAAGACCUAUGUCACCUUUCUAUCUGAGUGCCCGCGUAUCCCAAGUGAGCAAUGUGUCAGCAACGGGAGAACUCUUAGAAAGAACCAUCCGGUCAGCUGUAGAACAACAUCUUUUGGAUGUUAAUAGCUCUGGAGGCCAAAGUUCAGAGGACGCAGAAUCUGGAACAUCUUCAGCAUCUUUCUCCACAUCCACCAAACAGCGACGACGCCAGUCUAAGGAGCAGGAUGAAGUUAGACACGGUGGCGACGUGGGACUUAUCAACAAAGAAAAUAUGCCUUCUGGGUUCAGCAACCUUGAUGAAUGUAUUUUGAAUGCUCAUCAUGAAGUGGAAAAAUCACAUGAAAAUACUUCUGGUUAUAUUGGAGAACGGGGCAAACCGAAACGUCAGAAAUCCAGUUCCAAACUUUCUGAGCUCAGUGAACAUCAAGAUAGUCUCGUGAAUAUGGAAAGUCUCAACCCCACACCAUCUCACGAAAGGAUUGGACCUGGUGAUGUUGAACUGAUGUCCGAUGGAAGCAAAGAUAAUGAAAAGGACGGCAGACAGACCCAGCACUUUGAGGGCCCCACCAUGAAGAUCCAGGAGCAUCCCGGCCUGCCUGACGGCAAGCUGCAGAGGACUCCAGAGGCUGAUGGCCAGCAGGAGGGCUUCGUCUCCCGAGCGCCCGAGCUGGACCUCACCGCGCUGUGUGAUGAGAAGAGCUGGAAAGAGCCCGCCCCUGCUCUCUCCUCGUGGCAGCAGGAGAGGGUGCCCGCCGACGAAGCAUGCCUCUCCCCGCAGGCAGGGCGCCUGAUCCGGCAGCUCCUGGAUGAGGACAGCGACCCCAUGCCCUCUCCCCGCUUCUACGCCUACGGCCAGAGCAGGCAGCACCUGGACGACACGGAAGUGCCUCCUUCUCCCCCCAAUUCCCAUCCUUUCAUGAGGCGACGCAGCUCCUCUCUGGGCUCCUACGAGGACGAGCAAGAGGGCCUGACACCUGCCCAGCUCACGCGACGGAUUCAGAGCCUUAAGAAGAAGAUCCGGAAGUUCGAAGACAGAUUUGAAGAGGAGCGGAAGUACAAGCCUUCCCACAGCGACAAAGCAGCCAAUCCAGAGGUGCUGAAAUGGACAAAUGACCUUGCCAAAUUCCGGAAACAACUUAAAGAGUCAAAACUGAAGAUAUCGGAAGAGGACCUAAGCCCCAGGGCGCGGCAGCGAAGCUAUACUCUCCCUAAGAGCUUCGGCUCCCAACUGGAGAAAGAAGAUGAGAAGAAACAAGAGGUGGUGGAUAAAGCCGCAAAGCCCAGCGUCGGAGCCACACUGGGGUCCAUCCAAAGGAAGCUCCAGGAGAAGCGCGCGGAGAGCAGCCGUCCUGAGGACAUUAAGGAUAUGACCAAAGACCAGAUUGCUAACGAGAAAGUGGCCCUGCAGAAAGCUCUGUUAUAUUAUGAAAGCAUUCAUGGACGGCCGGUGAGCAAGAGUGAACGUCAGGUUAUGAAACCGCUGUACGACAGGUACCGCCUGGUCAAGCAGAUCCUGUCCCGAGCCAGCGCCGUCCCCGUCAUUGGUUCCCCUUCCAGCAAGCGGAGAAGCCCUUUGCUGCAGCCAAUUAUCGAGGGCGAAACUGCUUCCUUCUUCAAGGAGAUAAAGGAAGAAGAGGAGGGUUCAGAAGACGAUAGCAGCACAAAGCCAGAGUUCACGGUCACCCUGAAAACCGACGAUUUCAGUGCACGUUGCUUUCUGGACCAAUUUGAAGAUGACACUGAUGGCUUUAUUUCCCCAGUGGAUGAUAAAAUACCAUCAAAAUGCAGCCAGGAUACCGGACUUUCAAAUCUCCACGCUGCUUCAAUACCAGAACUCUUGGAACACCUUCAGGAAAUGAGAGAAGAAAAGAAAAGGAUUCGAAAGAAACUUCGUGAUUUUGAAGACAGUUUUUUCAGACAGAACGGAAGAAACGCCCAGAAGGAAGACCGCACCCCCGCGGCUGAGGGCUACAGCGAAUAUAAGCACAUUAAGGCAAAACUGAGGCUCCUGGAGGCGCUCAUCAGCAAGAGAGACGCUGACUCCAAGUCCGUGUGAGGAGGGAGCCCCACCCGGGCCA